AACGUCGAGGAGCGAAAGUGAAAGUUGGUGAAUUAAAGAGCGCAUUUUGCACGCUUUGGCUCCGGGCUCCAGAUGAGCCUCAGAAAUGAGCCGAGAUGGAUUCAGGCGAGCAGCUGAUUCUCCAGUCUCCGGCCAGAUGGCUUCUGAACACAGAUUUGCAUUCAUUUUCGCCUAAUAUCUUCCAAAAUAGAGGGGCAGCUGCAUUUGUUGUCAAAUAAGGUUUAAAACUCCUUUUUAGGACGGGAUCGUUACCUACGCGAUGGGAUUGUUGAACUUCUCUAGUCAACAGUAUCAGAUUUAAAGGGAUUUAGACUAAAACCCUAAUUUGGUAAUCAGAUUGAAAUCGCUUUGGUGUGUAAUCUGUAUUAGAGAUACUGUAGAUUAGGCCUAGGGUUAGCAAACCUGAAAUAUUUAUCAUGGUAAAUUAAAAUAGGGUUUGGAUAAAAUAAAAUAAUAUUACUUAAAAAAACAAACAAAACAAAAACAAAGAAAUCACAUGCCAAAUAGGUCUCCGGAAACGUUAGAUUUAUUUAUUAGCACACGCGUAAUUUUAUUCGAGUUUUCGAUAACAGUAAUUAUAAGCACAUUUCACGUGAAACAUAAAACAACUGUUUCGUGAUUAAGACAAAUAAUAAUCAUCAUCAUUUACUGCCUAGAGUGCCAUUUAACAUUAAAGUUCACAGAGGCAUUCAGUGUAUGCAUGGAUCAAAGUCAUUGCGAAUUAAAGACAAAAAGCAUAUCAAUCUUAAAUUGUCGUAAAAUAUAAUUUUAUUACUUACGUAUUUAAUUAGACGACGAUGCAAUGUGAUGGAUUUUGAGUCGAGGCAAGAGCAACAGCUUUGAUAAUUCACUUAUCUUUGGCAAUAGUCAUUAACCCCCAACACUAGCAGAAUAGAUUGCUGUGUAAAACACAUCUCUCUUCUCCUCUCUCCGUCCAUCCAUCCAUCCCUCCCUCCAGCGCACAGGGUCCCCAGAUAACCAACAUCGGACUUCCAUUUUCGCCUAUUAAUUCAAAUAUUAACAUACAUGCAGAGUCUGCCAAUAUCGGAGACAUGAGCACCUUACGAAAUGAAAGGAAAAAAUGACCCUUAUUGUCCUGAUAAAUGAUUAUAUUUUUAUUACAAAAGACAUCCUACUUCUUGCGCAUAGAAGGAGAGGGUGGACGCAAUGUUUCCCCCGAGUCCUUUCACACUUUCAGAUGUAAUUCUGCAAUAAUUUACAAAAUUAAGCGUGUACGCACUAGGACUAGGAGUUUGACAUCGCCUCGGCUCGCUCCACGCACGCAAACCGGGUCUUACAUUCAAGCAGUUAAACGUUGCCAUAAUUUAAGACGCGCAUUACGCCAUUAUGCAGAUGCUCAGGGUGUUUAUUAUAAGGAGCAUGUAGUCUUAAAAAGCCAGUACACCUUCCUGAUUUGAGAGUAAUCAAAGUGAAUCGAUUUGGAGGCUCGCGUCCGGGACGUUUGGCACCGCUGUCAUAGUGAUGAUGGCCCAGUAAGACUUUUUAAUUUUUUGAUUCUGAAAACCAAUUGCAGCGGAUGGGUGGUCAGUCAGUGCUCUUUUGCACUCUAUAAACUUGCAUGGCAGUUUUUCAGGAAAUAUAGUUCCCGCGCGCCGCGCUUUAUUCGCGGGCUUUCAUUAUCAUUCAUUUUUGUUCCUCUCUGAUGAUUAUUUGACACGAUGCGCACUGGAAAAGCAGUAGCAGCAGCAGCAGCAGCGACUCCAGUCGCGUACGUACUCACGGUCCAAGCUUAAAGCCCAGCGACAGGAAGCGUCAAUCCUCUCCAUGUAUGGGCAAAGCCACGCCCACGUGCGCGUCAUCCUCUGACAGCGUGGAUCCCGUGGGUCUGGAGUUUUUGGCUCCCGGGAAAGGUUCCAGUCCUGGGGGAUAGAGGGUUGAGUUUUGUAUGCUUCCAUCCAUUCUGCAAAGACGCGCUAAAGGCCCCUCAUCAUCCUCUCCCGUGUCCGGGAACACCUCCACGGUGAUCAUUUACGCGUUUAUUUGUCUUUUGGAGCCAGAAGUGGUGGAUUCAGCAGUGUCCCGAAGCCUUUUUUGAUGCUGUUGUUAUAGGAUGCCACCAAGCUAAGAGCAUCAUCACCAUCAUCAUCAUCAUCAUCAACAACAAUAACAACAGAAAGUUGCAAGAAAUGUUUAACUGAAUUAAAACGAGUCUAAUAUCCCUGCUAUUUGCGCGACUUGUUUCGCUUCUUCCACGGGAGGAUCUCCAUCUAUCCAAACAAGCUGCUUGGAGAGGCUUGAGAAUCUUUACGCACUGAAUCGUUCAUGUGGUGCCAACGCAGGACGGACUGAAGAAGGAGUCGGGACUGCUUUUUCUUUUCUUCUUCUUCUUCUUCUCUUUUCGACAAAUCCCAAACAAACUCUCACGGCUAUCCGAAGGGGCUCUUGGAGAGACGACGCGCCCUCGCUCACACUCUCAUUUCAUCUCUUUGGCUGGAAGUGGGUUGCACGCGAACUGUUUUAAUGUUUGGGAUUCAGGAAAAUAUACCAAGAGGGGGGACCACUAUGAAAGAGGAACCGCUGGGCAGUGGCAUGAAUCCGGUCCGAUCGUGGAUGCACACGGCUGGGGUGGUGGAUGCGAACACGGCCGCCCAGAGUGGAGUUGGUCUGGCACGGGCGCACUAUGAGAAACAACCGCCAUCCAACCUCAGAAAAUCCAAUUUUUUCCACUUCGUCCUGGCGCUUUAUGACAGACAGGGACAGCCAGUGGAGAUCGAAAGGACAGCUUUUGUGGACUUUGUGGAAAAGGAGAAAGAACCUAACAGUGAAAAAACUAACAAUGGGAUACAUUACAAACUACAACUAUUGUACAGCAACGGCGUCAGAACAGAACAGGAUCUUUAUGUUCGCUUAAUCGAUUCCAUGACAAAACAGGCUAUUAUUUAUGAAGGGCAAGAUAAAAACCCAGAAAUGUGCCGAGUUCUUCUCACACACGAAAUUAUGUGCAGUCGGUGUUGUGACAAAAAAAGCUGCGGAAACAGGAACGAAACACCUUCAGACCCCGUGAUCAUCGACAGAUUCUUUUUGAAAUUCUUCCUCAAGUGUAAUCAGAACUGCCUGAAGAAUGCAGGAAACCCACGGGACAUGCGCAGAUUCCAGGUCGUUGUAUCGACAACGGUUAAUGUGGACGGUCACGUGUUGGCCGUGUCGGACAACAUGUUUGUCCACAACAACUCAAAACACGGCAGAAGAGCCCGCCGCCUUGACCCCUCAGAAGGUACGGCCACUCCUUAUCUGGAGCAUGCAGCUACCCCGUGCAUAAAGGCCAUUAGCCCCAGUGAAGGCUGGACCACUGGAGGAGCCACGGUCAUCAUCAUUGGCGAUAACUUCUUUGAUGGACUACAGGUCGUGUUUGGCACCAUGCUAGUAUGGAGUGAGCUCAUUACACCCCAUGCCAUCCGAGUGCAGACCCCUCCAAGACACAUCCCGGGCGUCGUAGAGGUCACCUUGUCCUACAAGUCCAAGCAGUUCUGCAAAGGUGCACCGGGCCGAUUUGUGUAUACAGCUUUGAACGAACCAACUAUUGACUACGGCUUCCAGAGACUGCAGAAGGUCAUUCCCAGACAUCCAGGUGAUCCGGAGAGGUUGCCCAAGGAGGUGUUGCUAAAGAGAGCCGCUGACCUUGUGGAAGCGCUGUACGGGAUGCCACACAACAACCAGGAGAUCAUCCUGAAGAGGGCCGCAGAUAUCGCAGAGGCUCUGUACAGCGUCCCACGUAACCACAACCAGAUCCCAUCCCUUGCCAACACGGCCUCUCACGGCGGAAUGAUGGGAGUCAACUCUUUCGGGGGUCAGCUCGCCGUCAACGUCUCAGAGACCUCACAAGUGGGCUACAGUCGCAACACGAGCAGUGUGUCACCUCGCGGUUACGUGCCCAGCAGCACCCCGCAGCAGUCAAACUACAACACUGUCAGCAACAGCAUGAAUGGCUACGGCAACGCGGGAAUGCCCAACCUGGGUGUGCCCAGCUCACCGGGCUUCUUGAACGGCUCCUCAGCAAACUCUCCCUACGGCAGUAAGUAUCAAGUAGUUCCGUCGAGCCCUACCAUGGCAGCCUCUUCGGUCAGCCUCUCUUCAAACUGUAGCAGUACACACGGCAUUUUCUCAUUCUCACCUGCCAAUGUCAUCUCUGCAGUGAAACAAAAAAGCGCCUUUGCUCCAGUUGUCAGGCCCCAAGCAUCUCCACCUCCUUCUUGCACCAGUGCAAAUGGCAAUGGACUUCAAGCUAUGUCCGGACUGGUGGUCCCACCCAUGUAAAUUGCACUCCCUCCCCUUGUAAAGCAGCCGUCUCCUCACCGGGGCGAAGCGUAGUACGUUAUGCGGAGGAUCCUCCUCGAAAGUCGUCAUUCGUCAUGAAGUUAAUCAGCAGCUAAUUCUGUUAUUGAGAGGAAAAAGACACUUUGUUUCAAAGAGUUUAUUCGAAAUUGACAUGCAAGCGACUUUGUCAUGAACAGUUUUAUUUUAUUGACUGAAUCUCUUGUCAUAUUUUCACGAUCUCGAAGGGGAAAAAAAGAACAAAACGUACCUAUUUUGUAUAAACAUUUCUGGUUUAAUCUUGGCUAUGUCUAGUUCUUGCUAUGUGUGGGAAGAAGCAUUGUGGAUAUGCCAUUUGAUGAAAACACUGAUAAAAAAAAAAAUGUGUAAGAAUGUUUCUCUUUCAUCGAUGUGCUGCCGCUGCACAUCUUCAUAAUGUGAAUUCAUUUUCCUUUUUUAUUAUUAUUAUUUUUGUUUAUCGUUUUGCUUUUUUUUUUUUUUUUUUGAUUGUGGUAAUAAAAAGGGGGCCAAUAUAUACAGAGCCAAUAAACUGGAAAUAAUAUAAGAUAUAUGAUUUAUAAAUCAAAAAGAAAGGCAAGGAAGAGCGAACGGUGCGAGGAACCGGCAGAGGAGAUCUUAUCGUUCAGUUCGUUCGGCAGAAAUGAACUUUGUAACUUAUUGUAGGUAGAAGUUGUAACUUUGAUAUUGCAAAAAUUCUUCUCUUGCCUUCAACAAGCACACUAACAGAGAUGGAGCGCUACUGUCUGUUGGUUAAAAAAGACAAAAAAAGAAAAAAAAAGAAAAUAUUUCCACUGCUAAAGCUUCCUGUAAAGCAAGUGUGAUCUGCAAUGUUUUUCAACUUUUUGCUAGCACUGUAUACUAUUGCAUUCUUAGGCUACUGUGAAGUCUGUUUCUUGUACCAGAAAGUUGUCCUUAUACCUCUAGCUCCUUACUCCCUAAUGUGUUUUGUAUGUGGUUAUACAAUUGUAGACUUUUGUGAUUUUGCCAAAGUUGUAGCUAAAUAUUUAUACACUUGUCUUGAAUUUUCCAGAUUCACUUAAAUAUUUAGUACAGAGUUUUAUUCCUACAGUUAGGAGUAAAAUUGUCUUAUACAUUGCAACACUUUCACACAAACACUUGCGGUCACUAAGGGAAUUUUUUGUAACAUAUCAAUUAUAAAUAUUGUAUUUAUCUUUGAAAUUUUGUAUAUUGCUUUCCAUCGUUUUCUUUGAUUUCACGUGUAUUGUUUUCCACGGUCGAAAUUACGAUGAAGGUUUAGCCAAGAAUCAUCGCCUACAUUCGAUGUUUUGUACCGAUAGAUUGUAUCGUCUGCGCAUUUCAUUUGUAAUUCAGACUUUUUUUUUAUGCCAUCAGACCUUCCGUCCAUUUUCGUUUGUUUGUUUGUUUAUUUGCUAUUUCGAGGAGCAGUCAAAUCCAUUGUUUAUUUUUAUAUUAAUUUUUAAGUUAUCUAAAAAAGUACUUUUUUGAAAGAAAACUGUUUGUUGUAUAGUCAAAUAAAUUGUUUGUGUCACCUGGCUGUAAUAAUAUUAGUAGAUAAAGUGCAUGUCAAGCCGCCCCAGGGGGGGGAAAAAUCCAAUUGUGGUUGUAAAUUUUGUUUUUGUAGAAUGUAAAAAGUCAUUUUUACCUGCCACCAUGACUUUGCCACAUAACUGAACCAUGUUUACAGGGAUCAAGAAGGAAAAAAAAAAAAAAAAAAGCAAAGAAAAAAAUAUCUGCAAUGGAAAUAUACAUCAGUUGCUAAUGUUUAUUAAAAUAUGUCAGAAAAAAAAAAGCUCUGUCAAAGGCUUUCCAGUGAAUCUCCUGAGAGGAACCUUUCUGCUGUUUUAAUGACAAACGUACACCACAGUGAAUCUCAUUAUUCCAUUCAGAUCAAUGGUGUAAAAAGCACAAACAUUUUUUACUAAAAUAAAAAAUAAUUAUUGUGA